AUGACAGGAAACUGCGGGGUUAACCUGGUCUCAAAAUGGGCAGGCGUGACCAGGGGCUCGCGGGGUGGCCCCGACCAGGGCCCCAGGGCAGGCGUGACCCGGGGCUCGCGGGGUGGCCCCGACCAGGGCCCCAGGGCAGGCGUGACCGGCACUCGGGGGGUGGCCCCGACCAGGGCAGGCGUGACCGGGGGCUCGCGGGGCCCCAGGGCAGGCGUGACCCGGGGCUCGCGGGGUGGCCCCGACCGGGGCCCCAGGGCAGGCGUGACCGGGGGCUCGCGGGGUGGCCCCGACCGGGGCCCCAGGGCAGGCGUGACCGGGGGCUGGCGGGGUGGCCCCGACCGGGGCCCCAGGGCAGGCGUGACCGGGGGCUGGCGGGGUGGCCCCGACCGGGGCCCCAGGGCAGGCGUGACCGGGGGCUGGCGGGGUGGCCCCGACCGGGGCCCCAGGGCAGGCGUGACCGGGGGCUCGCGGGGUGGCCCCGACCGGGGCCCCAGGGCAGGCGUGACCGGGGGCUCGCGGGGUGGCCCCGACCGGGGCCCCAGGGCAGGCGUGACCGGGGGCUCGCGGGGUGGCCCCGACCGGGGCCCCAGGGCAGGCGUGACCGGGGGCUCGCGGGGUGGCCCCGACCGGGGCCCCAGGGCAGGCGUGACCGGGGGCUGGCGGGGUGGCCCCGACCGGGGCCCCAGGGCAGGCGUGACCGGGGGCUCGCGGGGUGGCCCCGACCGGGGCCCCAGGGCAGGCGUGACCGGGGGCUGGCGGGGUGGCCCCGACCGGGGCCCCAGGGCAGGCGUGACCGGGGGCUGGCGGGGUGGCCCCGACCGGGGCCCCAGGGCAGGCGUGACCGGGGGCUCGCGGGGUGGCCCCGACCGGGGCCCCAGGGCAGGCGUGACCGGGGGCUGGCGGGGUGGCCCCGACCGGGGCCCCAGGGCAGGCGUGACCGGGGGCUGGCGGGGUAGCCUGACCAGGGCAGGCGUGACCGGGGCGCGCGUGGAACUGACCCCGUCCCUGCUGGCGGUGCCGGGUGCUCUGGCUCCAGGAGAGGCCCAGCGGCUGCCUCAGCACGGCGUGACCCAGGCCAAGGCCGAGCCGUGCGCCCCACGCGGCUGCGGGGCUCCCAGGUGUUUACCUCAGGCUGUGGCGGCGUACGGCCCAGCCACCCACCUCUGCCUCCCUCAGGCGCUGCGGAGGGUGGGACAGCAGCGGCGCAAUCCCCACCUCACGCCGUGA